UGUCCCUCGGACACAGCAGAUCACCGAUCAACGGAAAGAGCCGAAGAUGGGGCAUGUGCACUGAUCAUCAGGGCACUGAUGAUCAGUGUGCCCUGAUGAUCAGUGUAGCCCCAGCAGUGCCACCUGUCAGUGUCCAUCAGUGCCAGCUGUCAGUGCUUAUCCAUGCCACCUAUCAGUGCCACAUCAAUGCCACAUUUCAGUGCCCAUAUGAGCUGCCUUUCAGUGUUACCUAUCAGUGCCACCUAUCAAUGUCAGUACCGCCUAUCAGUGCUGCCAGUCAGUGCUACCUAACAGUGCCAGUCAGUGCCGCCUAUCAGUUCCAUGUAUGAGUGCUGCCUUUCAGUGCCCAUCAGUGAUGCCUGUCAAUGCCCAUCAGUGCCUCCU